CACCUUUGGAAGUUGAGCAGAGCACACCGGUUAUACCUGUCAGUCAGAGGAGACAGCCGAGCCCGUGCUUUCAGGAACAUGGCAACAACUGCUGCUGACGGCAACUUAAAACCAUACUUGAGACAGAAUGGACUGAAAUACGAAAAUAUCGCGAAAAACGGCUAUCAUAACAACAGAGAGAAAAAUGACCAGGGGACCAGUGUUGCCUCCAAACACCACCAGCAGGAGCCCUUUGAGCAGGCUCCCAUAUAUGUUGCUGUGAUGACAUACCUAGGCUAUGGCAUUGUCACCCUGUUCGGCUACUUCAGAGACUUCCUCAGAGCUGUGGGCGUGGAGAAGUGCAACAUUGCUCAGGAAAGAGAGGAACAGAAGGAUUUUGUGCCACUUUAUCAAGAUUUCGAGAACUUUUAUACUCGAAACCUGUACAUGAGGGUACGAGACAACUGGAACCGCCCCAUAUGCAGCCUGCCAGGACCUGCCUUUGAUCUGAUGGAGAGGGUGUCUGAUGACUACAACUGGACAUUCAGGUUUACGGGGAGGACGAUACACAAUGUCAUCAACAUGGGCUCGUACAACUACCUUGGUUUUGCUGAGAACAAUGCUGAUUUCCUGAAAACUGUGGCAGACAAAGUGCGCCAGUACGGGGCUGGGGUUUGCAGCACAAGACAGGAAAUUGGCAACCUGAGCAUCCAUGAAGAACUCGAACAACUUGUGGCCACUUUCCUCGGAGUAGAGUCCACUAUGACUUUUGGGAUGGGUUUCGCCACCAACUCAAUGAACAUUCCAGCACUUGUGGGCAAGGGUUGUUUGAUACUAAGCGAUGAGCUCAAUCACACUUCUCUCAUCUUGGGAGCCAGACUGUCAGGAGCAACCAUCCGGGUGUUCAAACACAACAACAUGCAAAGUCUGGAGAAGAUGCUAAAAGAAGCCGUUUGCUCUGGACAGCCUCGGACCCACAGGCCCUGGAAAAAGAUUCUCAUCAUGGUGGAAGGCAUCUACAGCAUGGAGGGUUCAGUGGUGCGACUGCCUGAAGUCAUCGCUCUGAAGAAGAAGUAUAAAGCGUAUCUGUACCUUGAUGAAGCCCACAGCAUCGGAGCAGUGGGCUCAACAGGGAGGGGCGUGACCGAGCUGUUUAAAGUGAACCCGGCUGACGUGGACGUGAUGAUGGGGACUUUUACGAAGAGCUUUGGGGCUUCUGGAGGCUAUAUCGCAGGGAAAAAGGAGCUGGUGGACUACCUGCGGGCACAUUCUCACAGUGCAGUAUACGCCUCGGCCAUGUCCCCUCCUGUCACUGAGCAGAUAAUACGCGCCAUGAAGUGCAUCAUGGGAAAAGACGGAAGCACAGAGGGAAUGAGACGGAUUCGCCAACUGGCAGAGAACACCAAAUACUUCAGAGCCAGACUGAAGGAGAUGGGCUUCAUCAUCUACGGCAAUAAUGACUCACCUGUGGUUCCAGUGCUGCUCUACAUGCCGGGCAAAGUGGUGGCUUUUGCUCGAGAAAUGCUGGAGAGAAAAAUUGGCGUAGUGGUGGUCGGCUUUCCAGCAACACCGAUCACAGAGGCCCGAGCUCGCUUCUGCGUGUCUGCUGCACACACCAGAGAUAUGUUGAACCAGGUGCUGCAUUAUAUGAAUGAGGUGGGAGAUCUUCUCUGUCUGAAGUUCUCACGGCGGAAAUAUUCCUCUCUGCCUGAUCACUGUGAUGAGACAGACUUCGAGCUGGAGAGCUGAUCCGACCUUUGACACCUUAACUUCACAGUGUCUAAACUGAGCGCACAUAAGCACACAAUGAAGGGUAACACUCAGAUCAGACAGCAGGGGAGGGGCCAAAUGUUUGACAGUUGUUGUUGUUGUUGUUUUUUUACGUGUUAAAUCAUAAUGUCAGACUACUUAUUCUUCUUUAAAGGACAAAUGUCUUAAACUCUUGAAAUGCUGUUUCUUUAUGUGUAUAUGAAAUUACUGCAAAAGCAUCUUUUGGAUUGGCCUAAUUCUCAAGUAUUGUGUAAAUAUCUUGAGUUAUUUAUACGUGGAGAAAAUCACAUGUUUUGUUCAUGUUAACCAUGUUAACCUCCUCUGCAGUGACAUCUCUUUAAUGCUAAAAAUGUUUUUUUAUAAAAAACAUUUUUAGCAUUAAAGAGGGUGCAAUUUUUUUUUGCAGAUUUGUCCUAAUUACUUAAUGUCUAUAUUUAGAUGCUGACAAGUUUUUAUGGAAGCACUUUUUUUGCUUCUUUUGAAUAAAUUUUUGUAACCAUUUAUUAGAAGUGCUCAUGGCAGCGAUAGAAGAUAAUAUUUACAUACGUAUACUUUAUAUUUUGAGAAACUGAAAAGAUAUUUGUUGAUAUUUGAGGUUUCAAAGUCUCCAAACUGCUAUUUUUGCUCAAUUUUGAGGAUUUUUUUAUUUUCAUUGUUCUCAAAUGCAGUGCACUAAAUGCCUUCCAAAUAAUAAAUUAACCUUCCCUUUGUGACUGUGCUUAUAUCCUGAUACAUGAAUGUUUACACUACUUGUGGCUGAACAGAUCAAGGAAAAUUUUGUGUUCCACGGCGAACUGUUUUUAUAAAAACGUCCCCAGUGAAACACUACUUUCAUCUCUACAGUAAAUGAUAGCCUUUCUGUAAAUAAUAGAUCAUGCAGCAAUUACUUCUUUGAC